CCUCGGUCAUGUUGCCUGGACGCAGUACAACGUGUGUUGUUGGCACUGCUGUGAAACCUGUACUUAGAUUUUUUAAAAACUGAGCAAUACAGACCAGAUGGGUUACCGUUAUUUCUGUUUGUCCAAUGGAAGUGACAGGACGCUGACUUGACUCCCGCUGAGGCUCAAGGAGAAAAUAUUUCUGACACGUUAAAGUUGCGUGCUCACCCGUGGCUCCGUCCUUCUUUCCCAGCGCAACUUUGAACUGUCUCAAGAGGAACCAACUUUUCCAGGUAAAAAUGUCUGUGAGCAAUCAUGAGAACCGGAAGUCGAGAUCAAGCUCGGGGUCGAUGAACAUCCAGCUGUUCCACAAGGCGUCCCACGCGGACAGCCUGCUCACGCAGCUGAACCUACUGCGCAAGCGGCGGGUCUUCACGGACGUGGUGCUGCAGGCGGGGCACCGGGCCUUCCCCUGCCACCGGGCCGUGCUGGCCUCCUGCAGCCGCUACUUCGAGGCCAUGUUCAGCGGCGGGCUGAAGGAGAGCCGCGACGCCGAGGUCAACUUCCACGACUCCCUUCACCCCGAGGUGCUGGAGCUCCUGCUGGACUACGCCUACUCCGCCCGCAUCAUCAUCAACGAGGAGAACGCCGAGUCCCUGCUGGAGGCCGGCGACAUGCUCCAGUUCCACGACAUCCGGGACGCGUCUGCCGAGUUCCUGGAGAAGAACCUGCACCCCUCCAACUGCCUGGGCAUGAUGCUUCUGUCGGACGCCCACCAGUGCGAGCGGCUCUACGAGCUCUCCUGGAGGAUGUGCCUGGCCAACUUCGCCUCCCUCUUUAAGACCGAGGACUUCCUCGGCCUGCCCAAGAACAAGGUCCAGGAGCUGAUCUUCAGUGAGGAGCUGGAGGUGGAGGAUGAGAGCCUGGUGUACGAGGCCGUCAUCGACUGGGUGAAGGCGGACGUGGAGCGGAGGAUGGUGGACCUCCCCGAGCUGCUCCGCUGCGUCCGGCUGGCCCUGCUGCCGGAGUCCUACCUGCUGAAGAACGUGGCGUCGGAGGAGCUGGUGAUGAGCCACAAAGUGGGCCGGGAGAUCGUGGAGGACGCGGUCCGCUGCAAGAUGAGGAUCCUGCAGAACGACGGCGUGGUCACGGGCUUCUGCGCCCGGCCCCGCAAGGUGAGCCAGGCCCUCCUGCUGCUGGGCGGCCAGACCUUCAUGUGCGACAAGGUCUACAUGAUCGACCACAAGACCAAGGAGAUCACGCCCAAGACGGACAUCCCCAGCCCCCGAAUGGAGUGCAGCGCCUGCGCCAUCGGCUGCAAGGUCUACGUCACGGGCGGCCGGGGGUCCGAGAACGGGGCCUCCAAGGACGUGUGGGUGUACGACACCCUGCACGACGAGUGGUCCAAGGCCGCGCCCAUGCUGGUGGCCCGCUUCGGUCACGGUUCGGCUGAGCUCGACCACAUCCUCUACGUCGUGGGCGGGCACACCUCCCUGGCCGGCUCCUUCCCAGCCUCCCCGUCGGUGUCGCUCAAACAAGUCGAGCAGUACGACCCGCAGACCAACAAGUGGACCCUGGUGGCGCCUCUGCGGGAAGGGGUGAGCAACGCUGCCGUGGUCGGGGCCAAAAACAAGCUUUUCGCCUUUGGGGGCACCAGCGUCAACCGGGACAAGUUUCCCAAGGUCCAGUGUUUCGACCCGUGCCAGAACCGGUGGUCGGUGCCCGCGGUGUGCCCCCAGCUCUGGCGCUACACGGCAGCGGCGGUGGUGGGCAACCACGUGGUGGUGAUUGGUGGAGACACGGAGUUCUCCGCCAGCUCGGCCUACCGCUUCAACAGCGAGACCUACCAGUGGUCCAAAUUCGGUGACGUCACCGCGAAGAGGAUCAGCUGCCACGCGGUGGCAUCCGGGAACCGGCUGUACGUGGUGGGGGGCUACUUUGGGGCCCAGAGAUGUAAAACGCUGGACUGUUAUGACCCCUCCACAGACACUUGGGACAGCAUCACCAGUGUGCCGUACUCUUUAAUUCCCACUGCAUUCGUCAGCACCUGGAAGUAUCUGUCUGCCUAGAACAGGGAGGGCAGCAUACAGUUGAUGAGCAGCCUAGUCUGGAAUGCGGGUGUGUGUCUCCCCUGGUCGGUUGCGGAAUGCUGUGGGGUGGAGAAUUGGGGGGGGCGGGGGUUUGGGGGGGGGGGUGAGGGUGAAAGAAAGAUGGAAAAUCCUCCACAGCAGUUGGAAUCACAAGGACCUCUCGCUCCGACCGGAUCAGCAUGGCAAGAAGGGACCCGAGGUCAUGGAAUCGAACCGUGUAAACGGGUGUCACGCCCGUCUCCUGUCCCGCCCCCCCCCGCGCGUCUCCUGUC